ACUGGCGGAUAUGGCAUAUGGAUCUCGUCCAGUCUGCAGUCCUGUACAGUGUGAUGACCCUCAUCAGUACCUACCUAGUGGCUUUUGCGUAUAAGAACGUCAAGUUUGUUCUCAAACACAAAGUAGCACAGAAAAGAGAAGAUGCUGUUUCCAAAGAAGUUACUCGCAAGCUGUCCGAGGCAGACAACAGGAAGAUGUCUCGGAAGGAGAAGGACGAAAGAAUUCUGUGGAAGAAAAAUGAGGUGGCAGACUACGAAGCAACAACUUUUUCCAUCUUCUACAACAAUACUCUCUUUCUGGUCUUGGUCAUCAUUGCUUCGUUUUUUGUGCUGAAGAACUUCAACCCCACUGUGUAUCCUUUAUUGCCACGCUUGCACCAGCCAGAGCCCUGUGCCUACUUGUUGAUUGUUCAGUUUCACUGA